CUCGCGGCAACUCGCUGAGGCAACAGUCGGGGUGAUAGCAACGGAAAGCUGCUCAUCAUUAGAGACAACGGGACGGCUGAAAGAGCCAGUCCGGUCUUUCUGUAAGGUGGUCCAGCACAACCCAAUUCAAACAGUUCACACCGAACACACACCAGACACAGCAGGAGGAUGGCGGUGAAUGUCUACUCCACCUCUAUGACCAUAGAGAACCUGAGUCGUCAUGACAUGUUGGCCUGGGUCAACGACUCUCUACAGCUCACCUACACAAAGAUCGAGCAGCUCUGUUCAGGUGCUGCGUACUGCCAGUUCAUGGACAUGCUGUUUCCGGGGUGCAUAUUGUUGAAGAAAGUCAAGUUCAAUGCUAAGUUGGAACAUGAAUACAUCCACAAUUUCAAGGUCUUACAGGCUGCGUUCAAAAGAAUGAAUGUGGACAAGAUCAUCCCUGUCGAGAGGUUGGUGAAGGGGAAGUUCCAGGACAACUUCGAGUUCCUUCAGUGGUUUAAGAAGUUUUUUGACGCCAACUACGACGGGAAAGAAUACGACCCUCUACUGUCACGGCAGGGCCAGGAGGGAACGCCGCCUCCACCUAACCCAGGUGAACCCAUUCAUCACAAACCUAAAAGACCCUCUCGCUCAGGCCCCAUGAGAACGUCUCCCACAGCACCAAAGAGUGUCCCCACCCCACAGAGGCAGAUCAACGUAGCAGCCCGCAGGACCACUCCUGUGACCCGUAAUGGAGGAGAUGCUGAGCUCAUAGAGCUCAACCAGCAGCUGCUGGAUCUGAAGCUGACUAUCGACGGGCUGGAGAAGGAGAGAGACUUCUACUUUGGAAAGCUGAGAGACAUUGAGCUCAUCUGCCAGGAAAACGAAAAUGAAAACAACCCAGUGCUCAGCAAAAUCAUAGAUAUACUUUAUGCUACAGAGGAGGGAUUUGCUCCUCCGGAGGAUGACGAAAUUGAUGAAGGAGCACGUGGAGACCAGGAGGAGUACUGAACUCCUCCAGUUCUCUUCAUCACCAUCAGUUUGUUCCCCUCCCACCACUCACCCUUUAACCUAUCUGGUCAUUAUUCUCAUCUAUACCCCUCCUCCCGUUUAUUUUACUUUUGACACUCUCCUCUUACUUUUCCCAUUUUGUCUGUGGCUGUCCAUAUCCAUGACGACUUUGUUGUACAGCCUAACUUCCCAAACUGUUACUAGCAAAGGACACUAAACCCAGACCUGUCUGGAUUAGGACCUGGAAGCCUAGCUUGGUUUACUCAACUUAUUCUAACCUGUUGCCAGAGAGGGCAUCUGCACUAGAGGGCAAGUUUAGCCUUGCUAGUCUGUCAGAGGUUUAAAGUUAAUAGCCGUGAGAUUACAGGGAACCAGCACUGACAGCCUGGAGCCAACAGUGCUAUCAGUCUGUCUAAAGAGGUAGGUCACUUUCUGUCACCAUGCACUCUAACUGGUGACCACACACAUGCAUCAGGGUUCUCUGCAGAAUUUCUGUAUGAAACCACACAAUGUUUUCCACUCAGUGUGACCAGUUUGGGAUAUUUUGGCUGGAAAUUUCACACAGUGAGAUUAUAAAUGGUCUUAAGCUCCUUAGGAGAGAGCCCUGCACAUGCAUAUAUUUGAUAUAUGCAUAUGAUGACACGUGAACGUACAUUUAGCCCGCAGACAUAUCACAGACUUUGAACUGCUCACAUGUACAUGCAGAAAAAAGUCAUCAUUUCAAGGCAAAAAACAUCACAGAGUAUUUUCACACUCAUCAAGUUGUCCCACCAGAGAGGAUUUGCUCAUGAAACUGUUCUGACAGCUUGUUUAUGAGACAGCAUGAUGUAUUUAUGUUUUUAUUUAUUUAUCUUUUUUAAUCUGCUCUAUAGAGUUUCUGAAAAAAAAAAGUGGUUUUGGAUUUGGGGAAAUUGAAAGUCUUGCACUAAAUGUAGCAAAAGGAACUGACUGAAAUGAUCCAAAAUGCCAACAUGCAGUGACUGGCUGCUGCCAGGAAGAUACAGGAAGAUGCAAUUUUAUAUUUUGUAGAUUUGUUUUAAAGAAGUUUGUUUUUUAUUUGCACUGAAUCCCUCAAUGGCCAAGUCAGAGGUGUCAUCAGUGUAAAAGCUAUUUAUCAGACAGCAAAUGUCAGGCUUUGAAUUCUAUGAAUGAACAAAUGUAAAAAAAAAAAAAAAAAAGGGG